CCGUGAGUCCUGGGAAAAAAAAAAAAAAACCGAAGGCAAAACGUAGGAAGAGUUUGUAAACCUUCAGUUUCUUCUUCCCGUGCGUCUAACCAGCUUCCGAAUCCCUAAUUCUUCUUUCAAGUUUCCCGCCACCAUUGAAACUCUAAAUCUCUUCUUCUUUCUCUGUUGACAGCCACGGCCACCACCACUUCAAGCGGCAACUGUUCCAGCCUCCUCCAUUUGAAACGCACUCUCGAGCAUUUGCAUCUUAUAUUCCACGGAGGAGCAUUUCAAGUUAAGUAGAUUUUUUUCUGAUGAAGCCUCGCCAAUCAGCUUCUUAGCAUGAUGGAGAAUAGGACCCUGCAAACUGAAUAACAACUCCAGACAUAAGCCAAGACACAUGAAAAUGUUCUGCAGGUGGUUUCAUAGUUUAGAAAAAAGGUUGGCAUCUGCCAGAGCCUUUGGUAAACUAGAUAGCUUAUAAAUAUGGAAGACAUAAAAUCCUUAGCAGCUAGAUCAAUUACAUCAACUUGAAUAGUGAAGGAAUGGGUGCAAAUUGUAUUUCAGUUAGAGAGGAGUUCACCAUGUCCCAAACAUCUCAUGCAAGGGUGAUAAUAUUUGACCAUCCUUUUUUAUCCUUUCCUUUAGAGGGUUAUGGAAACUAUUAUUUGUUGAGCCUGCACAAGAUCUUGGGUCACAACACUCCAAUCAAUUCACAGGGGUAUUUGUCAAGGCAACCAUCCAGUACAGGGAAAUUUUACUCACAAGAGUUAGUGGGCAAGAUCACACAAGUUGCUUGCUGUUUCAAAAUAGCCUAUACCUUACUGGACACCAAACUAACAGCUUCAAAAGAAGAAUGGAAGACAAAUUAAAACCUGAACUGAAAGAGAAGGUUUCCAAUAUUUUUCAAGAUUUCUUGACCAGGAUCACAAAACUUGAGGAACUUGCAGGUAUUGGAAGCAGAUUACUCAAUGGCUAUCAGCAAGCGCUUGAAUUUCUUCGACGGCCUCCAAUAGACGAGACAUCUCAGCUAAUAAAGAAUAUUAUCAAAGCAAAUGAAACAAAAAGGGUUAAAUCUUAUAUUGAAGCUGGUUGUAUUAAUGUUCAUGAUAGCAUACAAAAGACAAACAAGUUGCAUACAUGCCUACUCGGACUUCAUAACCAUUUAAGCAAAGCCAAGAGCUUACUAAAUGAACUUGAACAUCUCUUGGAGGAUUUAUCUGGUGCAAUUCAAACUGCCAAUGGAUGUUUACCACCUUUGAAGAAUGAAGAUUGCGGGGACCAAUUGUAUCAACAAAUAACUACUGACCAGUCAUCAUUCGAACUCGGAGAACUUGAAAUGACAAAUUAUGCCGUGUUGAUGGGGAUCAUUUACAGUAUGGUAAAGCAAGACUAUGUAAUGCAGGAGAGGAUUGUUAAUUCAUUAAAUCUCAAAUCAUUGUCUGGAGAACUAGAGAGCUAUUGUGUAAUGUGGUCCUUGCGUCCUUUUAUCAUGGAUGAAGUUAUGCAUCAUGCCUGGAGACUGAUUCCUUAGCCACUGAAAGUGUUUUCAGUGUCAAUCGCAGCUUAAUAGCACGGUGCACUGUUGUACAAGUGAGAGUGUACUUUUGAUACGCAUGCUGUUCCUUUUCUUCCGUUCUGUUUGCUUUGUUGUGGUAUGUGUGUACAUUCAAUGUCAGUUUUUUUAGCUGACAAUUGCAAAAUAAAAAGGCAAUGCAUUCUCUCC